AUGGGGCACCAAGAGUAUUCCUCAGAAUUCAAGAACCAAGUGGUUCAAUUCAUCAUCGGAAGGUGCGUGGGCGGUGUACCUCCUCGUGACACACUUAAAGGAGGCACAACUGAAGUUUACAAUCUCCCGGCAAACCUGUACAAGAUGGUGCAAUGCUGCAAAGAAACAACAACAAAGAGGAACAUCAGUUCAAUUGGUUGUUCAAAAACAACAGUAUGGAGGUGGGUUAAGGAUGGCCUGAUUAUACCACACACAUCAGCCAUUAAGCCCAACCUAAUAGCUGCAAACAAGCUGUUGCGACUGAGAUUCACAGUUGAAUCAUUAGAACUUGACAGAAUCUUGAACAAGAUCAGGUUCAGGAAUAUGCACAACACCACACAUAUUGAUGAAAAGUGGUUCUACAUGACUAAAGGAGCUCAAAGAUUCUAUCUUGCUCCAGGAGAGCAAGAACCUCAUAGAACAUUUUGUAGGCCAUUGUUUGGUGUUCAUGGUGAAGUCUUGUUUGAUGGAAAAAUUGGAAUUUUUCUUUUUACCAAACACGUUGCAGCCAAGAGGUCAAGUAAAAACAGGCAGGCAGGCACUAUGGAGACAAAACCCAUAGAGAGUAUCACAAAAGAUGUGGGGAGGGAUUGCUUGAUCAAUAAGAUAUUACCUGCCAUCAUAGCCAAGUGGCCAGAUGGGGCAACUAAAGUUCUCAAGAUACAACAAGAUAACGCAGACCACACAUCAAAGACAAUGAUCCAGUUUUCAGAGAAGCUGCACAACAAAGUGACUGCAUGCAAGAAUGUGGAUGAUUUAGUCAAUGCGGUUGAGAAAUCAUUCCAUGAAUUACAACCAGAGACUUUGGAUAAUGUUUUCCUAAGUCUUCAAGGCUGUUAUAUGGAAAUUAUGAAAGUCCAGGGUCAGAACAGCUACAAGCUGCCCCACAUGGGGAAAACACAUUUAAGGAGGACAAAUCAACUUCCACUGAAUCUAGAAGUUCCAGUGGAGCAGGUUACGUAA